AUGAAGCAUCUCGCUGUUGCUAUAUGUUGUUGCCUGGCUGUUAGUGGAUAUGUCGUACUCGAUCCAAACAAGCUUGAAGAAAAGAAAAUGAAGGCUUUCGCUUACUUAGUCUUCCCAAAUACACCACUCUCUGUUCUUCCGGAAGGAUCAUCGGCAGUGGAAGGCGAGCCCGUAGAGCAUGGGAUCAUCACAUCAGUUACCUCUGGAGUAAUGUCAGUGGAAGAUUAUUUCCUGUGUGUAGAGAACGGUCGUGCUGCUGCAGCUAGUUUGUCUGCAUUUUUCAGGAAGAACUUUCAACAUAGCCAAAGAUCUUAA